CAAAGUAGGUGAACAGAAGAAAGAUAAUGAGGCCGAUUUUCUGUCAAACAGGAGCUGCUUAUUUUGACGUAAAAAGACACUUUAAAAGUGUCGUUUAGUCUUUUAGAUCAAAAUCAAAGAAAAUAACUCCAACGUCUUAUGUCUUAUAGAAUACAAACCGUACACCCUAACACUUAACAUGUCUAAAACAUAACCCCAAAUUCUCUUUGUUGUUUUAGCUUUGCAAAGACAUCACACACGCUAGCGCUCCAUCAUCAAAUCAUUUGCUUGUUCUCCAGUUUGUUGUGCAGGGGAAGUCCUUGUUUUGCAUCCAUUGGCGGUAGAAAAUGGCAAAGAUGAUGGGUCUCUUGCUCAUGAUUGGAGCGAUGAUGUUCGGAGUAAGAGGUGAGCCAACGGAAGAUAAACAAGCAUUGCUUGAUUUCCUUCACAACAUUAGCCACUCUCAUCAUCUGAUCAACUGGGACAAGAGCUCUUCUGUGUGCAAAAGUUGGAUAGGAGUGACCUGCAACUCUGAGCAAUCACAUGUUAUUGCCAUCCAACUCACCAGAACUGGAUUGAGGGGUCGAAUCCCACCCAACACUCUUAGUCGUCUCUCAGCGCUCCAAACUCUGAGUCUUGCCUCAAAUAGCUUAACUGGUUCUUUCCCUUCUGAUUUCUCUCAGCUAAAUAAUUUGAUCUAUCUGUAUCUCCAAUUCAACAGAUUUUCUGGUCCAUUGCCAUCAGACUUUUCAGUGUGGAAGAAUCUUAGUAUUGUCAAUUUAUCCAACAAUUCUUUUAAUGGGAGCAUCCCAUUUUCACUUUCAAAUUUGACUCAUCUCUCUUCUUUAGUUCUAGCCAACAACACCCUUUCGGGUGACAUUCCUGAUCUCAAUAAUUUUGCCAACAAUAACCUUAGUGGGAUUGUGCCUGAAUCCUUGGAGAGAUUUCCAAGAGUAGCGUUUUCUGGUAACAAUCUUGCUUCUUCACAUGCUCUUUCCCCUUCUUUUCUUAUUCAACCCCCAAAUUCUAAUCCAACAAGGAAAAAAUCCAAAGGACUUAGGGAACCAGCCUUGUUGGGUGUCAUUAUUGGUGCUUGUGUCCUGGGAAUUGCAGUGAUAACAGCUUUUGUGAUCGUGUGUUGCUAUGAGAAAGGUGGUACAAGUGGACAACAAGUGAUGUGUCAGAAAGGAGAAACAUCCAGGAAAAAGGAAGGUUCUGAAAGUCGAGACAAGAACAGAAUUGUUUUCUUUGAGGGUUGCGCUCUUGCAUUUGACUUGGAGGACUUGUUGAGAGCAUCUGCUGAAGUGCUUGGAAAGGGCACGUUUGGGACGGUGUACAAGGCUGCUCUAGAAGACACAACAACCGUGGCAGUGAAAAGGUUGAAGGAUGUCAUUGUCGGAAAACGCGAGUUUGAACAACAGAUGGAGAUGGUCGGAAGGAUUAGGCACGAUAAUGUGGCUGCUUUAAGGGCAUAUUACUAUUCAAAGGAGGAGAAACUUAUGGUAUAUGAUUACUACGAACAGGGUAAUGUGUCUUCAAUGUUGCAUGGCAAAAGAGAAGGAAGUAGAAUUUCUUUAAACUGGGAUAGCCGUUUGAAAAUAGCAAUUGGUGUAGCAAGAGGCAUUGCUCACAUCCAUGCUCAAGAAGGAGGAAAACUCCUCCAUGGAAACAUAAAGUCCUCUAACAUCUUCCUCAACCCACGAGGAUAUGGUUGUGUAUCUGACAUUGGUCUUGCAACACUGAUAAAUCCAGCAACGAGAACAACAGGAUACCGUGCCCCAGAAGCCACGGACACCCGAAAAUCGGUACCCGCAUCUGAUGUGUAUAGUUUUGGUGUGCUGCUACUUGAGCUUCUAACUGGGAGGUUUCCCUUACAUGCCAAAGGAGGUGAGGAAGUUGUCCACUUGGUUAGAUGGGUGAAUUCUGUGGUUAGAGAAGAGUGGACUGCAGAAGUGUUUGAUGUGGAGUUGCUGAGGUAUCCAAAUAUUGAGGAGGAAAUGGUUGAGAUGCUGCAAAUAGGGAUGGCAUGUGUUGUGAGAACACCAGAUCAGAGGCCAAAGAUCGGGGAUGUGGUGAGAAUGGUGGAGGAAAUUCGUAGGGUAAAUGCCGAAAAUAGAUCAUCCACUGAAUCAAGGUCAGAAGGUUCCACUCCAACCCCUCAUUCCAUUGAGAUACCUUCAACCUCUUUUGCAUAAUGAGAUUCCUUUGGUUUAUCGAAACCUUGUUAGAGAUGUAAUUUGGUCACUCUCAAUUUCAAUUUUGACCAUUACAGGAACAGUGAAGUUGGUAACAGAAUUGAUGCGAAGUAGUUAACCUACUAGACCAAAGUUAUAACAAAAUAAAGAUGGGUCCCUAGA